AUGGACGCACGUGGUGAACUGGUCUGGAUGGAGGACCGGUACGGACAGGCCAUGGACUUUAAAGUGCAGCAGUACAGAGGUCAUGACUACCUGACGUUUUGGACGGGUGAGGACAGUGGCACUUUUGGCACCGGUUCAUAUGUCAUGCUGGACUCUUCUUACCAAUUAUACAAAAGAAUCUCUCCAUCCGGUGACCGUGGUCUCAUGGGCGACUUGCACGAAUUCAAAAUCACCCGAAACAACACUGCUUUAAUGACCAUCUACGAGCCCAAGCAGGCCGAUCUGUCAUCAUUCGGCGUAGCGGGGACAGGCUGGAUCUACGACAGUCUAUUCCAAGAAAUCGACAUUGAAUCAGGUCAACUUUUAUUCGAAUGGCGCGCCUCCGACCAUUAUCACGUCCAAGAUACAUAUCACACCAUUGAAGCCGAGGCCCGACGUCCAGUUUUGGACCUUUCAGGUCGGCGGACAACAUCGAGAUCAUUGAUCGGCACAACCAAAGACUCGGCAUGGGACUUUUUCCACAUCAACAGUAUCGACAAGAACGAGGAGACAGGUGAAUACUACAUUUCCUCGCGCUACAUGCACACCGUGACGUGUAUUCGACCAGACGGCUCGAUACGUUGGAUUUUGGGGGGAAAGAAGAACCAGUUUACUGAUUUAUCGGAGGGGGCCGCGACGAACUUUUCCUUUCAACAUCAUGCCACUGUGCACAAGGGUGACGAAAACGGUGAUGGCAACGGUAGGGUGCUGAUACUUACAAUCUUCGAUAAUGGGAAAUAUGAUUCCCAGUCCAAGAAUGCAGAGUUCAGUCGCGGUCUUGUUGUCGAGCUCGACACGCAGAAUAUGACGGCCAGGCUGGUCAGGCAGUUUGUGCAUCCGGAUCAUUUGCUGGUUGGAAGUCAGGGGUCGGUUCAGUUGCUGCCACCGCGGGAGCGGGAGCCUGAGCCGGAGCCGGACUUGGAGUCUGGUGGCGUUCGCAGUGGCAGUAGCCACCAUGGUAUUGGUGACUCGCACGCACUGGUAGGAUGGGGUUAUGCGCCCGCAUACACCGAGUUCGACGCCGAUGGCAGUGUCCUUUGCGAUGUCCAUCUCGCCCCCGAGGUCACGUUUGGAUUUGGAUGGGUCAAGAAUUAUCGCACUUUCCGAAGUUCGAGCUGGGUGGGGAAGCCGACUACGGCGCCGGAUUUUUGGGUCGAGGAUGAUGAUGUGAUUUAUGUUAGUUGGAAUGGGGCGACUGAGGUUGAUCGGUGGGUUUUGCAGGGUCGAGUUGGAGACGAGGACGAAGUCCGAGUCGAAGAACAGGACCAGGACGAGGAAGGGGUCGAAGACGAAGACGAAGACCGAGACCGAGACGAAAAAGGAAAAGACGAGCACGAAGACGAAGACGAAUACCGAGACACAUACGAAAAACACGGGAAAGAUGCCGACGCAGACGCAGACGAAUACGAAUACGGAGACGAAAGUCAAGAAAGAAAAGACAAAAUCAAAGACGAAAAGCUGGGCUUCUAUUUCGUCGACCUAUCAUCCACCAAGAAACGAACCUUUGAAACCGCCGUCAACAUUGAUGUCGACACCCCGAGACAUAUCCGCAUUGCGGCGGUCGACAAGAACGGGAAUGUCUUGGGGUCUACUGAAGUUUUUGAUCGGUUGAAUCAUGACGGAUCAAGUGCGCCUUUUGGACUUUCUCUUUCUGUGCUUGUCGUGGUCGUUGCGGCCGUGUCGUGUUUCAGUGUGCUGAUGUGGCGCAUCGUGGCUGGCCGUGGUGGUCCGUUUACUACUCGACUUCUGCCCGGGUUCGAUGCUGUCAAGACACGACUACGACGGUUGCGUCGACGGCACCAGCACCGCUCGCGCUCGUCCACGUCAGAUCGGUACUUUGGUCUCAAGGAGGCUCUACGACUACUGGGACAAAAUGACGACGAUGAUGAUGAUGAUGAUGAUGAUGGUGAUCACGACCUGUCAGUUGACGAUGAAGAUGGGACAGGAACCAAAAGAGACGAUGGCGGCGGUGACGACGACGACGACGACGACGACGAGGAUAGUUGGCAGCCGCAGAAAGGAAGCGGGGGAUACGACGGUAGUCAUCACAAAGAAGACGUCGAUGUCGAUGUUGAGGCGCAGAAUAAGUCGGGAUAUAGACGGUAA